AAGGUUUAACCUCGUCCAGUGUUUGGAGCGGCGUUGGUCCUGCCGUCGUCAUUUCAACCGUCUUCAAGCCAUCAGCCUUUCUGUUAGUCAAGAUGAGUGAUAAGCCAGAUUUGUCUGAAGUGGAGAAGUUCGACAGAUCAAAACUGAAGAAAACUAAUACUAAAGAAAAAAAUACUCUUCCCUCAAAGGAAACUAUCCAGCAGGAGAAAGAGUGUGUUCAAACUUCGUAAGAUGGGAAUCUCCUCCCAAGUACAGUUUUCAGCAAUGCCUGAGUGUCACGGUUUUGGGCUUGG